AUGAGGCUGACGCAGUGGCGGACAUUGCUCUUAACCAGCACUCUCCUAGGAGGUGCUUGGGCAAAGAAAGAAGGUGGUCCAACAGUAGCACAGAAGAAGUUCGAUUUCAUCCCUCGAGAUGUGAAUUACUUUGACGAUUCGGAUACCUUGUUGAUGGUGGACGCGAAUGAAUACAAUACAUACCGAUCAGACGACGCAGGCGUGUCCUGGAAACUGGUGGAUGGGGUGCCGGAAGGAAAGUUAAUGGAGCUGGUGAUGCAUCCAUUUGACAAUCAGAGGGCGUAUAUUAUUACCAACGAGUAUACACAUUAUAUCACUAUCAAUCGGGGCAAGACGUGGCAGAAAUUCGUGGCAGAAUCGCAGGCGAGCAUAUUCAGGGAGGCUUUGACCUUCCAUGCCACAGAUCCGAAUAGAAUCAUUUUCAACGCUAUGGACUGUGCGGGCAUUUUCUGCGAAGAACUGACCUAUUACACUACGAAUGGCUUUGCCAAAGACGCCGUCCCACUUCGACAGGAUACAAUGGGAUGUAACUGGGCGGUAUCUUCGACAGGCUUCACAACUGGUGAUGAACGUCAAGACUCGGAUCGAAUUCUCUGUAUUGCGAAGGGAAAGUUUUCCCCGUGGAGCAAAGACUACCGUCUGGUCAUUUCCGACAGCUAUUUCACCGACGAAUUCGAGCCAGAGCUUGAAACUGGCAAGAACAUCAAUGGGGUCGUUAAUAUGGCAGUCGUAACUAAAUACUUGGUUGUUGCCACUUCUGCAGAAGGAACCGACGAAAUGGCCCUCUAUGUAUCUGACGACUCCAAAAAGUGGCACCGAGCUGUCUUUCCACACGAUCACAAACUGGUGGAGAAAGCAUACACAAUUCUCGAAUCUACCAACUAUAGUAUCCAAAUCGAUGUGAUGACUAGCGGCAGACCUUCUCAGCCAAUGGGUGUUUGCUUGACCAGUAAUUCGAACGGAACCUAUUUCACUCGGAAUAUCGAACAUACCAACAGAAAUCGAUACGGGAUGGUGGAUUUCGAGAAAGUGUCUGGUAUUCAAGGUAUUUUCCUUGUCAACACCGUGGAAAACUACGAGCAAGUCGAAAAGAAGGGCGAAGCGAAAAAGAUCAAGACUCAAAUCAGUUUUGAUGAUGGGCGUACUUUCCAAGGUCCUACAUGCAAAGACGAAGAACUUCAUCUACACUCAGUUACGGAUUUGUCGAAUUCUGGGCGAGUUUUCUCCAGUCCGGCUCCCGGAAUCGUUAUGGGAAUUGGAAACACUGGAAAAUAUCUCGGCUCCUACGAAGAGGGAAACGUCUACGUUUCCGACGAUGCUGGCUUGACUUGGAUUGAGAGCCUGAAGGGUCCUCACAAAUAUGAGAUUGGUGACCAAGGAUCUGUUCUGGUGGCCAUUAACGACAAGAAAUCAGCCGAUGAGAUAAAAUACUCGUUGAACCAUGGCAAGGAUUGGAAAUCAGCGGCGCUUCCAGAAAAGGUUCGCCCUGUACAAUUGACGACCACCAAAGACUCCACGAGCCUUAAGUUCUUACUCGAAGCCGUUGACGCGGAAGAGGCAGCGGGUUAUAUCAUUGCGCUCGAUUUCGCCGACAUGCAUGAAGCUGAGUGUAAGAAAGAUGAUAUAGAGACAUGGGUUGCUCGAAAGAACAAGGACGGCGAGCCGUCUUGUCUUAUGGGCCACACACAGUCUUAUAGCCGGCGUAAACCUGAUGCGGACUGUUUCAUGAAGGAGACAGAGUUCAAAGAUCCCGAGGUAAUCACCGAGAAUUGCGACUGUACAGAUGAUGAUUUCGAAUGCGAUUUUAACUUCGUUCGAAGUGCUGAUCGUAAGGAAUGUAAUCUCGCAGAAGGUGCUCAUAUGCCUCUCCCAGAAGGCGCUUGCAAAAACCCGGAAGCAGAGAGUACUUUCAAGGGAUCGUCUGGCUGGCGUAAAAUUCCAGGAAAUACAUGCAAGAGGACAUCGGGAGAACAAAAAGAUGACCCAGUCGAACGAAAAUGCACAGAAAGUGCCAAUCCUGACAAACCUGCCUCGGGAGCUAUUUCGAAGACUGAGCAUGUAUUCCCAGGAAAGCUAUUUUACCAAAAAGUCUAUCUGGAACGGACGGAUGUUAGUACCCAGAAAGACGAGACGGUCAUCGUUCAUACCGACGCUGGAUUUUUCAUCUCUCAUGACCAUGGGAAAACCUGGGAAGAGAUACUCAAAGAUAAGGGAGUUGAGGUCAUGUAUGCGCACCAGUAUUUCAAGGAUGUGGUCUACUUCUUGACCCGUACAAAGAAGGUCUACUAUUCAAUUGAUCGUGGAGACAACAUUCGUUCUUUCGAUGCUCCCACUCCACCAAUCGAGAAAGGCACAGUGAUGGAAUUUCACUGGAAGCACAAAGAUUGGUUCAUCUGGAUGGGCGCCAAAAACUGCGGCGAAAAAGACAAGACCAAUUGUCAUGCAGAAGCCUCAGUAACUCGAGACCGAGGUGACGAGUUCACUACAAUUCAACGCUACGUCAGGCGCUGCGAAUUUGUCAAGGAAGAGAAGAAGCUUUAUACCACACCCAAAGAGAAACUCGGCAAAGAUGAUGACAAGCUUGAUAGUCUUAUCUACUGCGAAGCCAAAAAGGAAGAGAAUAACGACGCUGACAAUCCUUGGGUACUGCGCUCUAGCGAAAAUUUCUUCUUGGAUGAUGGUACUGUUCAAUUCUCCAACGUGGUAGAAUUCGCUACGAUGUCUGAAUUCAUCGUCGUUGCAACCCGAGAAAGUGCCCAAGCAGGAAUGCAAGUCAAUGCGAGUGUGGACGGCCGUACCUUCUCGUCCGUUCAAUUUCCAUCCAAUUUCCAACAUAUCCACCAAUCUGGAUACACGGUCCUUGACUCGUCUACUCAUUCCAUCUUUUUGCACGUCACGGAGGAUAAUACUGAUGGUCAUCAAUAUGGAGCUAUCAUUAAAAGCAAUUCCAACGGAACUUCCUACGUACUCAGUCUUCCAGCGGUGGACCGAGAUACUGUCGGAUAUGUCGACUUCGAGAAGACUUUUGGUCUCCAGGGUGUCGCUCUAGCUAAUGUUGUUGCCAAUUACGAUUCUAAGAAUUUCAAAAAGGAAAAGAAGAAGUUAAAGACGAUGAUAACGCACAAUGACGGAGCCGAAUGGACUUUCUUGAAACCACCAACAGUAGACGCAGACGGGAAGAAGUUCUGCACCGGGGAUCUCGCUAAAUGUUCUCUCAACGUUCAUGGUUAUACGGAACGAGAAGACAAGUCUCAUACCUACUCCUCCUCUUCUGCGACCGGUCUCAUGCUUGCAACGGGUAAUGUUGGCGAGUAUCUUCAAGCCGAUCACGACACUUUCAUCACCGCAGAUGCUGGUGUCUCGUGGUCAGCCGUCAAGAAAGGAAAGUACAUGUGGGAAUAUGGUGAUCAAGGUUCCAUUAUUGUAAUUGUCAAAGAUGGCGAGGCGACUAAGACUCUUCAUUACACUCGGGACGAAGGAAAAACUUGGGAAGACUUUGAGUUCUCUGACAAAGAGGUGAAAGUCGUAGAUCUCAGCACUCUGCCAAGUGACAACUCGAGAAACUUCCUUAUCUGGACGAUGAAAGAUGGCAAACCUGUCAGUAUCAACAUUGAUUUCUCUGGCUUGACCAACAAACAAUGUGUACUCGACGAGAACGACCCCGAGGCUGGAGACUACUACCUUUGGACUCCAUUACAUCCAAACCAAGAAGAUAACUGUCUCUUUGGUCACGUUUCACAAUACCACCGAAAAAAGACUACUAGUGAUUGUUACAAUGGAAAGAUGAUUCCUGGUAUGCACAAUGUUGAGAGGAAUUGUGCUUGCACCAGGAGAGAUUUCGAGUGUGACUUCAAUUACGAGCGUAUGAAGGAUGGUUCUUGUGCACUUGUUCCUGGCUAUUCGCCUCCGGAUCACUCAUUGGUCUGCAAAGUCGACACGGAUCGUACAGAGUAUUAUGCACCAACCGGUUAUCGCAGAAUUCCGAUGACUACUUGUGUCGAUGGUGUUCAAUUCGAUAAGAGCGAAGCUCAUCCUUGUCCUGGGCAUGAAGAAGAGUUCAACAAAAAGCAUAGUGCUUCUGGUGUAGGGAUCUUCUUUGCUAUCAUCAUCCCUAUUGCUGUCGCUGCUGGAGUGGGUUGGUAUGUUUGGCGCAACUGGGCAUCCAAGUUUGGACAAAUCAGACUUGGUGAACAAUCAUCCUUUGAUGGAGAGGCCCCAUACAUCAAAUACCCAGUGCUUGUUGUCGCUGGCAUUGUUGCCGUUGUACAGGCUCUUCCACUGCUUGUAUCUAGCUUAUGGCGCUCAGCCAGCACAGCACUCGGUCGCAGCAGGCCAGCGAGAUUUACCACUCGCGACAGCUUCGCAAGAGGAAGAGGUGAUUACGCUGUUGUGGACGAAGAUGAAGGCGAGCUUUUGGGAGAUGAGAGCGACGAGGAGGUGUAA